AUGACCACCGCCGCCGAAGAACGCGAGCUCCUCCUCAACCCCGUCGUCCCCGAGAACGUCCUCCACAACACAAAGACAGUAACCGACAUCCGCUCGCUCACAGGCUCGCUCUUUGGCGUCGCCGCCGGCAUCCUCGGGCUCGAGUCCUACUGGGGCUUCAUCUUCUACCUUGUCGGCUCGUGCGUGGUCAGUGCGUUCAUGGUCGCGCUGAACACCGGCGGCAGGCCAGAGAGGUACUUUAGGGGAAAGAGCGAGAUCUGGACGACGGAGGUGGUGAGUGGAAGUAGUAUGGCGGGGUUUAUUUUGACGUGGACGCUGUUUUUCGGGUUGUUGAGGGUGUAG